AUGUCAAGACUACCACUCCUCGUGGCUGUUGUAUUCCUUCUGCGGAACGGGAUGUCCUUCAUUGCGGGUCUGGACGCUACCGGGCUUGUAGUUCUUCAUGGUCUUAGUGUCAAGAUCAAAGCAAGCUUCGUCGGUGCCGGUCUUCUCAUCGCAAAGUGGCCACCACUUUCCAGUGUCCAUGUCACAGAAGAUACCCUCACUCUUGUUGACAAAGUCUGGACCGAGAGAGUUGGGGUGCUCGCACACUUCCUUUGCGCUGUGACCGUCAAGGUUGCUAAUAACAACGUGGCCGGGCAUAAUGUUCUUGACUCCGGUCACAUUGAAACCAUGGGGAUCCAUGUCACGGGCGUGACGGCGCUUCUUGGUGUCGUGGAUGUGGAAGUUGGUUCCAUCGGGGUAGGCGCGAGUACCUCGGUCAAUUCCUUCGUUGGGCUUCUUGAGAGCACCGGUGUCAUCGUAUUCCGGAGCAUGCUUGAAGAACCGGGGGAUCGAAUCGGGCACCACUGGCUCAGGCUGGAAGGUCAUUCGAGCAGAGUUCUGGCACAGACGUCGCUGGUCCUCCUUGUACUGAUCGACCAAGCCUUGGUCUCCGGCGAAACUGGGCAUAUGGAGACUCAGGCCCUUGGCGAUGAUUCCGUUGCUAUGGUCGCUAUCCAUCCAGACACACUUGAUCGGGAUGUUGGAGGUGCCGAUGGUACGCUUGCUAGGGUACCAUUGCGCGCCACAGGUGUAGCCCAUGUCACCGGUCCAGGUCCACUGGUGUCCAUUACCGCUGACGGCCAACCCGGACAGACAGAUUGCGUCGGUCUCUUGCAUGACCACGAGGAGGUACUCUGGUGUUGCUUGAUGUCCACCAUUCUGAGUCGGGGAGAUGGUGAAAGACUUGGAGCCGUUGUCAUCGAUAUGGCCAUUGGCAUCUCCUUUGUACUGGCCAAUGCGGUUACCACCUUCAUCCCAAACAGCAAGAUGCGGAACACUUCCUCCGGCGUUUGGUGCAAUGCCGGUGAAGAGGCUGACGCUGACUUGCUUGUCAGGGUCCUCGGGCUUGUGGCCCAGCGAGUCCGCAAUGGACCAGGCAGUGAUUGCCAGAGUGGCAGCGUUGAUGAUGGUGUUGAUAGACAUUGUUCAAAUGAUAUUGAGAAAAAGAUGAGAGGAAUUUGA